AUGAAAUUCCUCUUGCUUCUAGCAUCUUUGGCAUUUUCUGCCUUGGGAUCAUCCCUAGUCGGUUCUGGUCAAAGAGGCAUCAAUACAACCAGCACGACCACUAUCAGCACUGUGGACCUAGAAACAGGAGCUAAAUGCGCAUGCACCAAGCUUGCUGGAUUAUACUCAAAUUUGGUUCUCUAUCCUGAGUCAGCCAACUACACCUCUCAGGCUACGAGCUACUGGGAUAUUCGAGCAGAUCUUGACCCGGCUUGCAUCUUUCUUCCUACUUCGGCUGAGCAGGUAGCCGAUGCCGUCGGUCUCUUUGCCACAUGUGGUACCCAAUUUGCGGUUCGAGGCGGAGGGCAUAUGAAUUAUCCUGGAUCGAACAAUAUCAAUGGCGGUGUGCUUCUGGCUUUCGAUAACAUGAAACAAUAUCGCGUGAACAACGAAACGAUUGAGGUCACUCCAGGAAUGACGUGGUACGAUGUCUAUUCUGCGCUUGAUCCAUAUGGUCGGGCUGCCAUUGGCGGACGCCUGAAGACUAUUGGUGUGCCUGGUCUGACCCUGAUUGGUGGUGUAUCCUACUUUAUCAAUAAGUACGGAUUUGCCAUGGAUAAUGUGGUCAACUACGACAUCGUCUUGGGAAAUGGCACGCAGGUUGCCGCUAAUGCCACUUCGAAUCCAGACCUGUUUUGGGCUCUGAAAGGAGGCGCGAACAACUUCGGCAUUGUCACCAAGUUCACCCUCAAAACGUACUCUAUGCCCCAUAUCAGCACGACAAUCCAAGAGUUCAACGAGACGGCAGUUCACGAUUUUAUCAAGGCGUCAUGCGACUGGGUUGUUGCCGAUGGUGACAGUUCUAUUGCCGCUGGUUCCGUCCUAACCAUCACCUACAACGCCACGACUGGGAGCGUCUCACCCUUACUUUUGGGAGUUCAAGAGGGAAUUAGCAACCCUCCCUCAAAAUUUGCCAACUUUACUGCUAUUCCUGGAGUAUACAAAGUUAACAAUGUCACGACCUCCAAGCAAUGGGCUGCGAACCUUGACUCUCCCAAGCAAAUGUUCCGCGUCACAUUCGGCCAUCAUUCGAUGUAUCCCGACUCUGACGUGUUGUACUCAAUGUAUCAGACGUGGAAGGCAGCAGUAAACCAAAUCGCCGAUGUUCAAGGUCUUUAUCCCACUUUCGUGAUUAACAUUUCGCCUUCAAGUGCCGUCAGAGUAGGAAACACCAACGGGAUUGGUAACGUCUGGGGACUAGCGGAAGAGCCUACAAUCUGGUGGCAACUAAGCACAGGCUGGGACAACGCUGAAGAUGAUCUUCGCGUCGAGGCGUGGGUUCGUCAGCUGGUGGAACACCUGCAUGGCAUAAACAAGAGCAAUGGACUCGCCAGGGACUUCAUCUACAUGGGAGACGGGGGUGACUGGCAGGAUCCUUUUGCUGGAUUCCCGGGCGAGAAUGUGCAGCGGAUGAGAGAGAUCCGUGAGCGCUAUGAUCCUCUGGGUACUUUUACAAGAUUGAAUUGGGGUGGAUUCAAGCUUGAUUUAGAAUUUAGAGUCAUUCAGAGAAUUCGAUUUGAGAAAUGA